AAAAGACACCCCUGUAGACGUUAGGUCCAAACCAAGGUUUUGUUCCUCAAUAAACAGCUGAUAAACAGCAGCGAUGUGACAGGUGAAGGCUGCCAUUACUCUCUAAUUCACCUCAACUUCACCUUAUCAUGAUAACUCACUCUCCUUCUAUCUUUUUAUUUUCCCUUAGUACAGCCUAUGUACCAGGUCUGUUUGUGGUGUUACAGUAGUUUCUUACUAUUUGGAUGUUACUACAGGGGACUGGAAAUCUAAUCAUCAUCUCUAAUUCACUUCUAUAGGUAAUAGAUAUCUUCUCCAUCAGUGCAAAGCACAUGGGAUUGCUCCAUACAGUUUUUAGUUUCAAACUAUUUGCAUUCUUGUUGUAAACAGUCAGGUUUUCUCUCAGUUCUGACGUUUUGCAGUCAGAGCUCAUUUACGACGUUAGUAUUAAGUUUAGAUUUUGUUACUGUUGCCUAUAAAUUGAUAUGGAAGCAGUGACGCCUCGCUGAGCCUGCAUCGUCCAUUACAGACAUUAUGUCUUUACCUUCGUGACUCUGAAUACUUUGUUGUUACUGUUUUGUUUUGUUUUUUCAUUUAUGGACUUUAAGUGGAUUUAACGCAACGGUACAAUCACUUCCAGCCGACUCGCACGCCUCGGUACCGGACCGGACCGGACCGGACCGGACCACCGCUGCUCCCCGGCUCUCUGCCUCCGACUCCGCCUCUCGGCACCGACGCGCGAGCGAGCGACUCCCCAGCCAGGCUGCCGCCACCCCGGAGCCCCUUCCAGCUCCGGCGCGUUCCCCGAACCGGACUCUCCCUCGCGAACCAGAUGUAGUCGCGGUCCCGCUAGAAGAUGCGAGGAAGAAAUAAAGCGACCCGGGCUUCGAAAGUACAAUAAGAACACGGAGCCGCAGCAGCGGGGAACUUUUCCUUCUUUGCCCCCAUUUUCUGGCCCCGCGGCGGGGCAGGACAACAAGCGCAGGCCCGGGGGGGAGGGUUAGACGAGACCGUAUGAUGUGGGUCUGGUACCUUCUGCUGGGUUCUGGGUCGGGCUCCGGAACUGUUGGACCCUGGCUGCGGCGUCUGUGGAUUAACUGGACCCCUAGAGCUGUGACACAGUGCGGUCCAUUAGGCAGAAAGUGUGUGCGGGGAGGAGGGCUCAGACAGGUUUGAGUCCAUGGAGUAGAAAGCCAGCUGCUUCCGGGGAACAACUUCACCACCGAGUGCAACAUCCCUGGAAAUUUCAUGUGCGGCGACGGGAAGUGCGUCCCGGGCGGCUGGCAGUGCGACGGACUCCCCGACUGCUUCGACAAGAGCGACGAGAGGGGCUGCCCUAAGGUCAAAUCGAAGUGCUCCCCGACGUUCUUCGCCUGCGCUAAUGGCGUCCACUGCAUCAUCGGGCGCUUCCGCUGUAACGGCUUCAGCGACUGCCCCGACGGGAGCGAUGAGCACAACUGCACUGGAAACCCGUCCGUGUGCUCGGACGCCCGCUUCAAGUGCCGGAACGGCCGCUGCGUGGACCGCAGCUUCCUGUGCAACGGCCAGGACAACUGUCAGGACAACAGCGACGAGGAGCUCUGCCUGACGACCACAGAGGCCUCGGGCCAGGACUUUGUGACGCUGGACUACCGCCUGCGCUACUACCCCAGCAUCACCUACGCCGUCAUCGGCAGCGCCGUCAUCUUCCUCCUGGUGGUGGCGCUGCUGGCCCUGGUGCUGCAUCACCAGAGGAAGCGGAGCGUCCUGUUGCCCAGGAGCGUGAGAGGGAGCUCCCAUCACCACCACCACCACCACCAGCCCCUCCUGCUGUCGCGUCUCGUCAUCCUGGACCGGAGCCACGUGCAUCCUGGAGGUCCGGGUCUGUCACCAGGCUCCCCCACCACUGCAAACCACUACAACUCGAAUCCUCAGGCGCUCCAGCUGUUGUCUGGGACGCUGUAUCCCUCAGGCCUCCCCAUGGACUCCCCUCCGUCAUAUUCAGAGGCCGUUCUUGAUGUCAGUCGGCCGCCGUGGUUCGAUCUCCCCCCUCCUCCCUACCUGGCACAUGGGGAGCCUCCAUCAGACGGUGAGCUGCCUCAGUAUGAGGCCACACAGGACACUCUGAGCCCCCUCACGAUGCCAGACGCGGCACCCUCCACACCCAGAACUGUGGCCUCGGGCUCUCGGGCCAGCGCCGGGGAUGGAGCCGCCGUCUUACAGGCUGGGGACAAAUAGAGGUCGCUGGACUGAAGGACCCGAGGCCAGGACAGCCCACGACGAGGACAGAGACGUGGGCACGUUGUCCCAAACGCGCUGGCGACGCGGCGGCACAGUGAAGCCCUUGACUGAGACCAGCUUUUCCUGCUAGACUGACAGUGUGACUGAUGCUGCGAGCUGGCGCCCCCUGCUGGGGUUGUCUAACACUAAGCCUUGAUUGGUAUCUUGAUUUUAGACUUCAGUUAAAUAGUUCUCCAAUGAAAAAUUUACCAGUGACAACAAUGUGUGUCUGUAAAGACACAAUUAAUAGAAAGAUGAUGAUGAACUUGUGUCAUAAAAGACAUGGAAUAAUCAAGAUACAAUAGUGUGUGUGACACACUUUGGCAGCACUUGACGGAGAAUGAUUUUAAUACUUCUUGCUAUGCUUCAUGUUUUGCAUCAACAAUAUUUUCUGUCAUGGUUUAUAACAAAACAUAUAAAGACUUUAAUUUUAAAUACUAGAAGUUUUUUAUUAGAUGCAAUUUUAAGAGUAAUUCAGAACCAAACCUUUGUAUCUGUUUUAAUUCAAACACAUAGUACUUUCCUGUACAGACAUUGAGUCACAGUCAACUCAUUAAAAUAGAAUUUUUUUAGUGUUUUUUACUUGAAAGAGAAAUUAUAGAUCUUUCUAGAAGAUCGGCGGCUUUUACUUUAUUGUUUGUUGUGUUUCAUUUCCAGCUAGAAAUGUGAAGAGGACCAUUGAAGUUCCUGAACAAUGCCAGGCAGAAGUGGCAUUAAAAGCAUACAUAAGCAUGCAUUCCUGUGGCCAGCAGAGCCACUCCUGUAUGCAAUAUUAAUAAUAACAAUUUGUUUCAUCUAUUUAUCAAAAAAUAAGAACUAGUUUCCUGCAGCCUUAUUUUAUGCCUGUCUGAGAUUUAACAGCAAGCUUAUGACAACAUGCAUUUAAAACCUAAAGCUUGGAUCGCCUUCAUUCUGGUUGAGGUUUCUACUCAACAUAACUCUGACUGUGUCCAACAGGAAGUCUAGACAAUGCUGAAAUCCAUAUCUGAAGUAUUUUAGUGAAUCAAUCAGUACUAACCUGAAAUGUAAAUAAGUAAAUACUAGUCAGAGGUUAAUAUGAGUACAAUGUUUAACAAUGUCAUGUAGUGCUUUCUUGUGCUUUUCCCUAGAACCAGCAGUGAAGCUGCAGAAAUGAGAACAAUGAACCAAAGAUAAUCAUUAUUAACCAUCUCUCCACUAUAACUCCAAAUGAUUGUAGCUUAUUACGUUUGGAAUUAACUGAAUCAGACGGAAAUCAUUUUAUUUUUUGUAAAACUGGAAAAACAUUCUCAGGUUUAAACCAGACUGUCAGUUCUGUUGUUCAUAGCGUGUUUGUUUGAAGGAACGUGGUGAACUCUGCUGUCCACUGCGACAUGUUUGGCCUUUAUAUCUAGAAAUCAAACUCCGACGUUGUUGCGUUGAUGAGCCUUUCUGGAGACCAAUUCAUAAGCAGCUUUAUAUUUUGUCAAUAUGUGAUUAUUGAUUGAUCUGGAGUUGCACUGCCAGCCUGUCAAAUAAAAGCCACAUUCUAAUAGAGAAAUAAAUAAAUAAAGGUUUAGCCACUG